AUGCUAGGUGUGUCGGAAUUACAGGACGGCCAUUUGGAUAUUGACGACUGGCAGUGUACAGGCGACAAACUUUCGAGUAUUGUUGGAACGAUUCUGGAGACAAAGAGACCAGCAGGAACUGGAAGAAGAGAAGCUAGACCUGCCCCUCCUUUGUAUCCUCAGGGUCCGCUAAUCACUGCAGAAUGUUUUGUCUGCUUUGAAGAGACCAAGCUCCGGCGUAGACUGUGUUGCAGUUUUCCCGUCUGCGACCCCUGCCUAGAAUCCUACUUAACAGUUCAGGUAUCCCAAGCAACAGUGAAAAUCGAGUGCAUCAACAGCAACUGUCAAUCCUAUGUACACAGAGAUGAAAUUUUGACACGCCUACCACCACGCAUGAAAAGCAAAUUUUAUAAGUUUCUCAUCGAUGCAAACCUUGAUCCAUGCCUCAAAACAUGCCCACGAUGUAGUGAUGCUGUACAGUUAGACCGCACAUUGUUAAAAAAGAGGAACAUUGUAAAAAAAGGUCUGCCUGUGGUGUGUCCACGGUGCCAUCUGGAGUGGUGCUUCUCCUGUCAUGCUCCUUGGCACAAAGGCUUGACCUGCAAAGAAUUCCGGAAAGGCGACCAUCUGCUGAAGGACUGGGCUCGAGAAUUUCACUAUGGCCAGAUCAAUGCACAAAAGUGUCCAAAAUGCAAGAUUUUCAUUCAGCGGUCAAUAGGAUGUGACCACAUGACCUGUAAUCGGUGUGGAACCAGCUUCUGUUACCGAUGUGGAAAGCGUUACCUUGGAAUUAAACUGCUGGGUAAUCAUUUCAGCCGUCUCUCACCAUUUGGCUGCCGAUACAACUUUAUGCCAGAUGCUCCCCAUACUCGUCGCCUUAUACGAGGAACUGUGUUUAGUGGAAAGCUUCUUGGAGGGCUGGCACUGUCUGCUUGUGUUGUGGCAGCUGGUGCAGUUCUAUUGGGUCUGAGUGUCAUAGUCCUACCAGCCUAUGGUGGAUUCAAACUGCACAAGUUUCGUCAACAGCGUAAGCGUAUGAAAGCAUUUCGCAAGCGCACCCAGGCCAGGCAGCAGAAUCCUUUUGUUGGAAGAUCAGUUAGUUGCGAAUAUCCCAUGGCAACCACAGAACUUAAAGUAGAGGCUAGUGGCUCAGCUGAGCAUGAAGAAAAUUCUGAUGAGAGUUCAGAUCGUAAUGAACAAGUGAUCAUAGGACUAGAGCUUCCAGAUUCUCAGCGUGUUGAGGUGUUGGUCCAUCGGACUGUUGGCUCUAGUGGUGAGCAGGAAGAGAAGGGAACUUCAGGCAGUGGAGAAGUGGUCACAGAGUCCUCUGUCAUCGUGACCGACAUCAAAGAGGUGAAGGAUGAGAAUGGAUACACUACAGUCAUCACUCACAUCUAUGCCAAGCCUCUAGAGAAAAAUGAGGUGGAGACCAGACAUAAAGCGGUGGUGGAUCAGAAUGAAGAAGUGCCCAAAGAAGAGAAUACAGAAGAUUCUGAGGAUGGUGAAGAAUACCAUCAGCCCAGUGCUACCAAUGCAACAAAGAAAGAUGGAUAUCAAAGGACUAGCACUGCACCUAAAGGUGUGGCAGAUUUUAGAGGAAAUGAAAACCAAACUACAAAUUUCACAUCUGGCAAAGAAGAGGGGACAGAGGAGAAGAGUAAAAAUGAUGUUAAAUCCUUAUCAUCAACAUUGACCACCAAGGAAACUCCUGGAAAAAAUGCUGAUGGGGAGAAAAAUGUUGAAGGGUGGAUUCAAAGGCUGACAGCAGUGCACUCAGCUUACUCGAAAGAUAAGAAAGACAAGGAAAAGGAGAAAGAGACAAGUGUAGAUGUGGAAAAUGCUGACCAGUCAAGUCCUAGUCAGCUCACCAAAGAAGACACCAAUGGUUGUUUUGGUAAUAUAUUUGCCAAGAAGCUGACUGUACUUCAGCUAUCAAACAAUAACCACAGUUCAUCCGACAUACCCACAAACCGUCAGAGAGUGCUCUGGCGUCACAAGUCUGCUACCUGGGAAAAGAGCUCGAAAAAUGGCAAUAACCACAAGCAUGUUGGUACCCAAGACACAUGUCAUGUGGAAGAAGAUUUGUGCAAAAGUCCACUUCCAUCAUAUCACACUAAAGGAGUGUUGCUGCAAGACUGCUUGGACCUGAUGGCUCCAGGCUGUGAUCAUGGUUCCAGCAUCACAGCUGAUGAAAGCUUGUCAGUGUCAUCACUUUCAUUAUCACUGGAUGACACAAAUGCACAUGAAAGCAUGUAUUCAGGGAAAGAAAAGGAAAGUGAGUCCUGUCUCUCAAGAUCUUGCAGUUUUCAUGGUUCAACACUUUCUUGUGAUGUUGUAACUUAUAUUUGAUCCACUUGCCCUUUCCUCCUUGCAGUGUAUAUUUCUACCUUGUCCGUUCUUAGCUGUCCCAGGUAUCCCUUGUAAAAGUGCAUCAUCUUAUAUUAGUAUUGUCCUUCCUUCUCUUCUGUGAUGAUUGGGUAUUUAUAUUGCUGAAAUUUGUAAUAGACCAAUAAUGAGUCUCCUGUGAUCACUUUCAGAAAUUAAGAAAGUGCAAUUAUGUGUAGCCUGACAUGUGGAUACUACUUUUCAUGGAUCACUUUCCACUAGAGCUUUCUUAUUUUUUUGGAAGUCUGUUUAAAUGCUUUUAUUGUAGCCUAACAUUAAUCUACAUUUCGUUCCUGAUUUUUGAGAACCUUUCUGCCAUUUUUUGGUUUUGUUAUAUUUAUUAUUGUAUCUGAAAUUGAGUAGAAAAAUUUAAAAUGGCAUUUCCAUUAUGAUGUACCUUUUUUAAUUUUUGAUUUUCAAAUGUGCUAGUUCUGCAUCCCAGUCAUUAAAGUGAUUUUCUAAGUGCUUUGUGCUUUCAGCAGGAAGGACACAUUUUAGCAGAGCAAUAAUCUUGUCAUUCUGAUACCUCCUUGAUUCUGGAGGAAAUGUAUGUGGCUGAUGGGAUUAUUUGAUGCUGCUCUUUGCUUCUGUUGGAAGGGAGAAUUGAAUGGUAACAACAGAAUAUAUAUAUAUCAAAUAUGAAGCCCAGUAUGGUUCCUCAUAAAACUCAUUACCAGCAGAAUAUAACUCCUAUGUAAAGCCCAGUACCAGCCUACCUCUGUUAUUCAUAUUAUGUUUAUCAUUAGGAAACACUGCCCUUUUCAGGAGUGAGUGCAUGUUCCAUUUUAGAUGUGUUAGCUGCACCAUGGGACGUUUUUUCCCUUCCUCCUUUUUAAUAGAUUGAUGUCAUGCACCAUUACUGUGUAUUAGUACAAGUCAACAAUCUGCCCCCUCUCCUUCCAUCAUUUACUAUGAGAUUACUGUCAAGGUAGGUUGCUCUGUUAUACAGUAGCCUUCCUUUUUGGGUGAAUACAAGCAAAAUGCUAUGUACAGUUGUAAGAGCAGUGUGUAGCACAGUUCAACCCCUUUCAGAUGUUUUAAGUGAUACAAAAAUGGAAAUCCUUGUCACGCUGGCUGGUCUGGUGUUAAAAAGUACAUGUUAAUAAAAUGUGUCAGUACAGCAUGCUGUAAAAAAUACCAUGUUGAAUUAUUCGUAUAUUGCUGGCCGCUGCUUUUUUUUUUAAAUUGAUGAUCUACCAUGAUCAUGUGGCAUUUAAGUAAAUGGCUGUGGAGAAACUUUGUUCUUACUGAAGAAGUUCUCUGAUGGACGGGGAUAAGCUGUAAAAAUAUCUUAUCAGAUUUGGAACUGUGCAUUUGACAAAGAAACUUUGGUGUUUCCUUGGACCAGAGCAUGCCUUGAUGGAGAGGGAAAAACAAUUUAAAAUGUUCAUUUUUUUUCUUAUUUAAAAUGAUAUUUUUGUCUUUGAAAGCAAUAUUGAUAAAACAAGGACAAAUAUAUUCUAAAAAUAAUCAUGCUAACUGCAGUGUUUACUUGCCCUAAAUUAUCCUGUAACAACUUGUAAAUUAAAGACUUCAUGGCAAGAAAAAGAUGUCUUGAUGGAAAAUUAGAGCCUGCCUUUAAAGGCAUUUGUAAACAUUGUUGCACAUGUUGAAGAGGCUUAAAAAUAACACUGAUCAAAAAGUAUGCAAGUGCAUUUACAGAUUCCUUUGGAAUUGACUGUUGUUGUUAGCUUGAUGGGAUAAUUUGUAGACCUGGUAUUUAAAAAGAUGUUAAUGAGCUUAAACUAUUUUGAGACAGCCUGCAGUGGGUUCACCACACCAAUUCUGUGAUCUUCAAACCAGUUCUUGCUAAUCUGCUGUACAUGAGCGCCUGUGUUCAUCUGACAAGUGCAUUCAACUAAGUCUUUAAGGCUGAGAUGUAAGAAUAAUGUUGAUGGCAGCUAUGAGAAGCUACAUCACUAUAUCACUGUAUACAUUUGUGUCAACUAAUAUUUAAAAAGAAAGCGAAAGACUAAGCUUGCAUUGCACUUACAUGUUGGUCACAGGCCAAGCUAUUUGAAUGUUAAUAAUGUCCUUGUGUAUGCUUUUGUUAAAGUGAUCUGGUUUUUGUUGGUUCAGUAAUUUAUGUUAUGGAUAAAAUAGAAAAAGAACAGAUUUCAUUUCUCACCCUAAACCCUGAUCUAGUGAUUAUUGACCACAUUGCAGGAUUUAUUUUACUAGCUAGCAGUAAUGAGUUAACAUUUUCAACAAAAUCUCUUGCUCAUGCUGUAUAUUGGAGAAACAAGCAUGAAAAUGUUCCUUUAGUAAUUCACCAGCAGGAAAUCUUGGAACUACUGUAAGGGUAUAGAGGUGUGGUGGGUGUUAAAUCUGAAGUAUGGUGAGAAUCAAAAUUUUCUUGUCUCAAAUAUUUUCACUUUGCAGUGUAAAUGUUCCACUUUUUAAAACACAAAGAAUCAUUCUAUAUGCCUUAAACAAAUUAGGCUCUUGCUGUGUAAUAUACAGCUUGCAUAUAAUUUGAAUGAGUCUUGAUCACACGUGUGGCAAGUGUAGUGUCAUUAACAUUCAGCCCAGUCACCUUUUACUGGUUUUAAAUAUAGGUCCAUUAGUCUGCUGUGAAAGAAAAUAUCUAUAUGGAUGAAAGAUUAAGAAAUAUCUUAUGAUCGAAAACUACCAGACUAAAGUUUAGAACAAAAAUCAUUAGCACAUUUAGAUUAAGUUUCUACAAGUCUGUAAAAUUUAUGAAUUUUUUCCAGUUAGUGUAUUUCAAGAAGCUGAAAGCCAUCAUGUCUUCAAAAGUGCUGUUUCUUGUAGAUUAUAGUUUUAUAGUUAUUUUGUUUGAAAUGCUGUGUUGAAGGUGUUUUAUCAGUACACAUCCUUUUGGGGUCCCCCCUCCCACAAAAGGUUUUCUGUAGGAAAUUGUUUUGCCUGAAUAAAGUCUGAUUUUUUGAA